AUCAAUCAGAAAAGAUUCAAUGAUGGCGCUGACGAGAAGAAGAAGCUGUAUUGCAUCUACGUUGCUGUUGGACAGAAGCGAUCGACUGUUGCGCAGAUUGUGAAGCGUCUCACUGAUUCUGACGCGAUGCGUUACACGAUCGUUGUGUCAGCUACUGCAUCCGAUGCAGCUCCCCUGCAAUACUUGGCACCGUACACCGGAUGCGCUUUGGGCGAAUUCUUCCGCGACAACGGCAAACACGCGUUGAUCAUCUUCGACGACUUGUCCAAGCAGGCCGUCGCCUACCGCCAGAUGUCUCUCCUUCUGCGUCGUCCCCCGGGUCGUGAAGCCUACCCCGGCGACGUUUUCUAUCUCCAUUCUCGACUCCUGGAACGUGCAGCCAAGAUGAACGAGACGCACGGCGGAGGAUCCUUGACUGCCUUGCCCGUCAUCGAGACUCAGGCUGGUGACGUGUCCGCUUACAUCCCGACAAACGUCAUUUCCAUCACGGAUGGCCAGAUCUUUUUGGAGACUGAGUUGUUCUACAAGGGUAUCCGACCAGCCAUCAAC